AUGGAUCCACUAAUGGAUGCUAUCAAAAAUUCUGCGGAGCCAGAAUGGCUUGAAAGGACCGUUAUUGGUGAAUUAAGAGUUUGGCAAAUUCUGUUUCUUUGUUUGGGUGGAAUAACGUCUUUGAUUGUAAUGCUCUGCUGCUGUUUCCGUUUCCGUAUUCCACGCACCAAGCAGCAGAUCGAGGCGGACUACCAGCGUCGGAAGAUCACCUCUAAGUUUCGUCAGCAACUUGAAACUAUUCAAGAUUCCAAGAUGGAUGCUUUGUCCUUAAAAGACGCUCUGGAAUUGCUUCACGAAAAAAUUCAUCCAAUUGAGGACAAUCAGCAGGGAUCGCAGCCUAGUUCCAUCAUGUCGCCGCAGCAGAGUUCGCUGGACGCAUCAUUUCAACCGGAAAGCGGUCAGAAGCCGGAACCUCAAGUAUCCGGAUUGAAUUUUGUCAAGUUUGCAACAAAAGUAGCAAAUUUAUCCAAAGUCAGCCAGACAAAGUCGCCGACGCCGUCUCCGUCCGGAAACAAAAUUGAUUUUUAA